UGAGAAAGCAAGCCCCAAAAAGUGAGCGACUAUGUCACUGCUAGGUGCAGUGUCUCCAGGCUGCAGAGAGAAGAGGACCUUGGGCUCCAGAGGUGCAUGGUGGGCGAGAAAGACUCCAAGGAAGGUGGUGGGCUGGUGACCUUUGAGAAAGGCUGCUUGGUGUCCAGAGAGCCAGAAGAACACAGGGCCUGAAGGGAAGCGGAUGAAACUUGCCCAACCCCUGGAGACUUCAGCCAUGCCCCAUAGUUCUGAUAGCAGCGACUCCAGCUUCAGCCGCUCACCUCCACCAAGCAAUAAACAGGAUUCUUCAGAUGACGUGAGGAAAGUUCAGAGAAGGGAGAAAAACCGUAUUGCAGCUCAGAAGAGUCGACAAAGGCAGACACAAAAAGCAGACACGUUACAUUUGGAGAGUGAAGAUCUGGAGAAACAAAAUGCAGCUCUCCGGAAGGAGAUCAAGCAGUUGACGGAGGAAAUGAAGUAUUUCACCUCAGUGCUGAGCAGCCAUGAACCACUGUGCUCCGUCCUGGCCACCACCUCCCCACCACCCCCUGAGGUGGUCUAUGGAGCCCAUGCCUUCCACCAGUCCCACGUCAGUUCCCCACGAUUCCAGCCCUGAUCCUACCACCAUGGGAAUAGCAUUAGAGACUCUGACAUUCAAUGGCAGGGAUUCCUCCCUAGGAUUUCCAGUGGGAGAGUCCACAGAAGACACAAAGUUCUAGUGAAGGGAAUAUAAACUGUUUUUGCAAUAGCAACCUCAUCCAUCUCCUGCUGAAUUAUCUCCCCUCUCGAGAAAGAAGGAGGUGGAGAGUGGGGUACAGAUGCUAUGAAUGGCUGAUGAGCAUAGGCAUGAAAUGCCAGAACUUGUUGCAUUGUGUGCUCAGCACAUAGUGUGUAUCUAUACUUUUCACUGAAUGUAUGACCAAUGAAUCUGAAGAGCACAGGAGACAAUAGCUUGGAAAGAGAUUUAUUUUUCUAAAUAAAAGUUAAAAGAGGGGCAGCUAGGUGGCGCAGUGGAUAGAACACUGGCCCUGAAGUCAG